UAUUUUCCGCCCUGCUCGCGCAAUCUGUAUCGUCGUCGUUGUUGUCAUAACACCACCUUCAUCCACAACACAGUAGCUCUUCGCGCUCCACGUAACACCUCGUUGCACCAAAACUCGUCAACUCGUCUCUCUCACCCCCACACAAUGUCUUCCGCCUUCGUCCAGCGCCCUGCCCCCGGCUUCAAGGCCACCACCGUCUUCCCCGGCGGCGAGUUCAAGGACAUUAACCUGUCCGACUACCUGGGCCAAUGGGUCGUCCUUCUCUUCUACCCGCUCGACUUCACCUUCGUCUGCCCGACCGAGAUCAUCCAGUACAACGACGCGCUCCCCCGCUUCCGCGCCCUCAACACCGCCGUCCUCGGCAUCUCGACCGACUCCCACUUCUCCCACCUCGCCUGGACCGAGAAGCCCCGCAAGCAGGGCGGCCUCGGCGCGGACCUCGAGCUGCCCCUCGUCGCUGACAAGUCGCACAAGAUCUCGCGCGACUACGGCGUGCUGAUCGAGGACGAGGGCGUCGCCCUGCGCGGCCUGUUCAUCAUCGACCCCAAGGGCGUCCUGCGCCAGAUCACCGUCAACGACCUGCCCGUCGGCCGCAACGUCGAGGAGACCAUCCGCCUCGUCGAGGCCUUCCAGUUCACUGAUGAGCACGGCGAGGUGUGCCCCGCCGGCUGGCAGAACGGCAGCAAGGGCAUGAAGGCCGACCCCAAGGGCAGCCUUGAGUACUUCGCCGCCCAGGGCGAGACCAACGGACACGCCAACGGCAACGGCCAGAAGCGUUUGAGGGUCGACUAAAUAUAAAAAAGGUGGUCUUGUCGGAACAGGGCGAGAGAUCGAGGGAUGGAUCCGACGAAGACGGUUUGUGUAGAUUAUAGAUGUAGACAAUAGACUUGUAGAAUACUUAGAGUUGUUGGCCUGGCUGCAAAUUGUCAGUCCGGCUGGAAUGACACAUCGAUGAUUCCUCACAAUGU